UGUAUGGAAAAUUUUGGCGUCCUUGGUUGUGGACCUAAUUUUCCCAAUUUAUAAUGAGUUAUUUAUAGAUACGGUUUUAAUCAUGAGUACACAGUUGAAUCGUUCAGAGAAGGCACGGGAACGAUGGAAACUUUUAGCAAAGGCAUUAAAAGGAGAAAGAUCUGAUGAGACAUGUCAGAGUACUGUGUCCGUCCGAAGGUUCGGCAGCUAUAGCCUACUACAGACUCAGGAACUCUCUACACCCGAAGAUGUGAAAAAUUGCGGAUCAACAUGGCACCGCUACACUUGUCCUGAAGUUCAGAACUUUUCCAUGACCAUCAGACACUUAGCGGGGACGAUAAAACCUGAGACUGUGUUUGGUUUUAACAAUACAGGGAAUGUUUGUGUUUGGCCCUCAGAAGAAGUGAUGGCCUACCAUACUCAGACGUACCUUAACGACUUCAGUGGAGCAGCAGUCUGUGAGUUGGGAGGUGGAAUGACCUGUCUAGCUGGAGUCAUGCUAUCCAUAUUGUCUGAUGCUGAAAGCAUGCUACUGACAGAUGGCAAUGAAGAAUCUGUGGAUAAUCUAAACAAGAUAAUCGAAAACAACAGUUCAGCCUUUGGAAAGACAAAGGUUACAAGCAGAAUGUUGCGGUGGGGGAGUGGCCCGGUAGAGGAAUCCCUGGUCGAGAAGUUUGAUAUCAUCCUCUGCGCUGACUGUUUGUUUUUUGAUGAAGGCAGGAAAGAUCUUGUGGACCUAGUUUAUACCAUGCUCAAACCAAAAGGUAAGGUGUUAAUGUAUGCACCACGGCGAGGCAAGACAUUUGACCAGUUUGUCACGUUAGCCGGAGAGAAGUUUCACACCACUGUAAAGGAGGAGUAUGAUCCUACAGUAUGGAGUCUUCAUAAAAAGAUGGAUGCAAAAGGCCUGGAGCACUAUGAUGCCAACAUUCAUUUCCCCUUAUUUCUGUCCAUGGAGCGAAUCAACGAGGCUAGCUGAUACCUGUACUGUUGAUAAUGUGACCUUGUGAUACUAAUUUAGAUCCAUGAACACUUGGAACUUCAUACAACACCUUGGAUUUGAUAUGUGUAUAAAUAUACAUGCACAAAGAAUUUAAAUAUUUCAUUCAAUGGAAAACUGUUUUCUCCCAAACAGCGAAAAAUCAGGGGGAAAAACACACUUAUUAUAUGUUACAAAUUUAAUCUUAUAUCUGUAAGAAAAUUUUUUUGAACAAUGAUUAAGAUCAAUGCAUGACAUAAAUACCCUGUCAGUAUAAUGCAUGACAUAAAUACCCUGUCAGUAUAAACACCUUCCACAAAAAGGUAAUAUUGUUUUGAAAAAUAUAGUUCCCUAGUUACAAAAUGGAUGCUGAAUCUCACAUCCAAAGUUUUGUGGCACAAUAUUUAUGGAGUUCCGGGUGAUUAUGAAUGUACACUGCCUUCCAAAUAACCAUGACAUAUUGUCCGGACUUUCUGUCACUUUAUAGAAUUUUUAGAAAAAGAAAUUUUUUGAGGAAAUUUAUUUUUCAACAAUUACACGAUUGUUACACUGUAAAACGUAUUAUGAUAUAAAGCUAUUAAGUAAAAAAACCCAAAAAACUGCAAUAUUUAAAUCUGAAUAAUUAUACUGGAUUUUGCAUUAUACUGUUUUAAAAAGAAGUUCCAUGACUUAUGGAGAGCAGUGUAUAUUUAUACACAUGGUGUUAAAUGUACCAAAGACGUCUGUAUUACGCAGACUAGGUAACGAUACUCAGACAGAAAUUGAUACUCAUUGUUGUGUAAAGCUGAUAAGACUGUGAUCUAAGUUUAACAGUUCAUACUAAAGUGAUUUUAUCUCUAUAGAUAUUUUUACAAGGUAUAGUCAUUAAAAUCCAAAAUUGCGAUGGAAUGUUUCAUUAAACAUAUCAUUAUAGAUACAGUUGUACCUCCUAACUGUAAAUCAGUUAUAUCUUGUGUGCGAUUUAUUUCUGCAUUAAUCUGCGAGUAGAAUCAAUCGCAAAUUCAAAUCCUCCCCAAUUAUUUGUACGAAAAUAACACCUUUGGAUGACAGCAAAGCUAUUGGUAAAGAAUACGAGUUUUGUGGAGUCCAUGGCUCUAAAAGCUCAUCAUUUGCAAUUUUAAAGUCAUUUCUAGAUCAGCGUUUGUGAAUUAUGUACAUUUGUAUUUGCAAAUAUGUCUGAAGAGAUAGUUUCGUGAAAUAAAGUAUUCGCGAAAUCUAAGUGAUUUACAGUAUCACCGAUUUGAACAAAUUAACGAUUUUCUAAUCCCAUGUGAUUGUCCCUGAACUAAGUACAUUUGUAUACUGUUAUGCCCGUCAAUUUUGUGUAUUUUCAUGUUAGUAAACUUAAAAAAUACCCUUAACCAAAUUAACCAAAAAAAAAGACUUUAGAAAAGUAAUUUAGUGUUAACUGUGAAGAUAUUCCUCUUUAUUUUCAGCAUUUUGGAAAAACAACAGACUUUUUUUCUUGACAGUCAAGGAGCUCAUAGAAGUUGGCCACCCUUUCCCCUUCCUGUGUGUACAUGAAAUAGGUGUAAAGAUACAUUGUCAACUGGUUUGAUGAUGAUGGGGUUUGAUUGUAUGUAUAUUGUUUGUAUGUAUGACAUGUACAAUAUCUGUUUACAAUGAAAGUUGCUGAUUUUUUUUAAUUUGUGAAUUUUUUAGAUAUUAUUUAUUAAAGUAUAUAAGUAUGUAGGUAUAGAAUGUUACAUCAUUCCUCGGUGUAGUGGUUUUUACUGUGUUAGAGCGUUGUACAUUUAUUUUCUAUGCUUUAUAGACAUUCUGCUUUUUGAAAAAAAAUAUGCAAACAAAACCACAUUCCAAUAUGUUAGAAAAAUCUGCAAAAGGGGCUAUAUUUUAUUUUAGGCCUGCUACCUGUAUAUAUGUAUCCAGACUUGUACAAACCUACAUGUGACAUACAAACAUUGCUCAUGUGUGACCGACAUGUGACAUACAAACAUUGCUCAUGUGUGACCUACAUGUGACAUACAAACAUCACUCAUGUGUGACCGACAUGUGACUACAAACGUCACUCAUGUGUGACCUACAUGUGACCUACAAACAUUGCUCAUGUGUGACCUACAUGUGACAUACAAAGGUCACUCAUGUGUGACCUACAUGUGACAUACAAACGUCACUCAUGUGUGACCGACAUGUGACUACAAACGUCACUCAUGUGUGACCGACAUGUGACUACAAACGUCACUCAUGUGUGAUCUACAUGUGACAUACAAAUGUCACUCAUGUGUGACCUACAUGUGACCUACAAACAUUGCUCAUGUGUGACCUACAUGUGACAUACAAAGGUCACUCAUGUGUGACCUACAUGUGACAUACAAACGUCACUCAUGUGUGACCGACAUGUGACUACAAACGUCACUCAUGUGUGACCGACAUGUGACUACAAACGUCACUCAUGUGUGACCGACAUGUGACUACAAACGUCACUCAUGUGUGACCUACAUGUGACAUACAAACGUCACUCAUGUGUGACCUACAUGUGACAUACAAACCUUACUGAAGUGUGACUUGAGUUAACCUGUUUUGAAGUAAUUGAUGUUUGAAGUUUUACACAUUAGUAUUAUUGACUAGUCUUUGUUUUGAUGUGUUUUGAGUUCCUUACAUCCUGAUUUAAUUUUUGCUGACUCAUGGAUGAUUGACUUUAUGUAAUUUCUAUUUUUAUACGUUUUAAAAUGUCCUUGAAUUGUCCUUGUACAUAUACCAACUUUAUCUGUGGGUAUGCUGAAUUACAUGUAAAUACUGGAUAUUUAUAAUUUCUAUGUUAUUAUUAGGUUAAUGUAAUUACCAAAUAGUUACUAAGUACAUGUAAUUACCAAGUAGUUAUAUGUAAUUACUCAACAGAUGUAAGUACAUAAAGAGACAUAAUAUCCUAGCUGCUACAACAUAGCUCUCCUGAGAUACCUAUCUAUAUAGGGACAGAGGAGACAGGGUAAGAUUGUUCAUUUUGACAGUAUCCACAGGGACUUGACACAAAUUCUCAACACACUGUCCUUAUACAUGUAUAUAGAUCACCGCUAAGGAACUUGUGCCAAGUCCCUGUGAUUGUUUCCAUUAAUGGGGUGGUAACUGGUGUGAACAUUUGCCACAAUGACUAUACAUAUCAUAUCAUUGGUGAACAUUGAAAUAAAACAAAAGAGUAUUGGAUA